AUGGUUCGACUGACGAUAGCUUGUGUUGCCUUCGGGGUUAUAGCUUGUGUUAGUGCUGCACCAGGUUAUGGUGGCGGCGGGGGAGGAUUUGGUGGUGGCGGCGGAGGAGGAUUUGGUGGUGGCUUCGGAUAUGGCGGCGGCGGCGGUGGAGGAGGUGGUGGAGGAUAUGGAGGUAGCAAAGGAGGUGGAUCAGGAGGUGGCCACAGUGGCGGAUUUGGAGGAGGAGGCGGUGGUAGCCUAGGAGAUGGUCAUGGUGGUGGCCUCGGGGGUGGUAAUGGAGGUGGCAACGGAGGUGGUCACGGUGGAGGUCUUGGAGGCGGCAACGGAGGUGGUAGCGGCGGAGGACUUGGAGGUGGUAACGGCGGAGGACUUGGAGGUGGCAAUGGAGGUGGUCACGGUGGAGGUCUUGGAGGUGGUAACGGUGGAGGACUUGGAGGUGGCAAUGGAGGUGGCCUAGGAGAUGGUCACGGUGGUGGCCUCGGGGGUGGCAAUGGAGGUGGUCACGGCGGAGGUCUUGGAGGCGGCAACGGAGGUGGUAGCGGCGGAGGACUUGGAGGUGGCAACGGAGGUGGUCACGGCGGAGGACUUGGAGGUGGUAACGGAGGUGGCAACGGAGGUGGUCACGGCGGAGGACUUGGAGGUGGUAACGGCGGAGGACUUGGAGGUGGCAAUGGAGGUGGCCUAGGAGAUGGUCACGGUGGUGGCCUCGGGGGUGGCAAUGGAGGUGGUAACGGAGGUGGUCACGGUGGAGGUCUUGGAGGUGGCAACGGAGGUGGUCUGGGCGGUGGCAAUGGAGGUGGCCUCGGUGGUGGACACGGAGGUCAUGGUGGACAUGGCGGAGGUGGUCAUAGUGGUGGUGGACACAGUGGAGGUGGUUAUGGCGGAUCCAGUGCCAGUGCGAAUGCCCAAGCUAGUGCCAGUGCCAGCUCUGGAGGUGGUUAUGGACAUAAAGGAUACGGGCGCUGA